AUCAGCUGUGUCCAAUCACAGCUGAUCACAUGGCACUGAUGAUCAGUGUGCCCUGAUGAUCAGUGUGGACCCAGAAGUGCCACCUGUCAGUGCUCAUCAGUGCCACGUGCCAGUGCCCAUCAGUGCCACGUGCCAGUGCCCAUCAGUGCCACAUCAAUGCCACAUAUCAGUGCAUACCAGUGCACAUCAAUGCCACAUAUCAGUGCCCAUCUGAGCUGCCUUUCGAUGUCACCCAUCAGUGCCAGUCAGUGCCACCUAUCAAUGCCAAUCAGUGCCACCUAUCAG